CGUAUUGGAUGUGCAGGAGGGAAGGAAAGAAAAUAAGCAUUCAUCUGGAUCAGUGUGAUGGAUAAAAAAUUAUCAAGCUUGGAAGAGAAUUACUAUUUGAGUUUCCCAGAUUGGUUAUAAUAGCAGUUGUCGGUAAUGCGUUUUUCGAUAUUCGCUCACCGAAUUAUAUCGGAUCACUCACGACUAUUAAAAAACAAAUGAUCAAGUAGUUGAUUUUUACAAUAUUGUGUUUUAAAUGGAGAAGGUUGGUUCUUAUGAAUACAAAACAGAUAAUAUAAUAGGACACGGAGCUUUUGCUAUCGUGUUCAGAGGAAGGCAUCAAAAGAAUCAUGACGAUGUGGUGGCCAUCAAGUGCAUUAACAAGAAGAAUCUCGGCAAGUCACAGCCGCUGAUUGGCAAGGAAAUUAAGAUUUUACAGGAAUUGACAAAACUCCAGCACAAGAAUGUAGUUGCCUUGUUAGAAUGCGUGGAUUCACCGAGAAGCCUGUAUAUAGUGAUAGAAUUCUGUAAUGGCGGGGAUUUAUCUGAAUAUUUAAGCCUAAAAGGUAGCUUAAGUGAAGAUACUAUUCGGCACUUUCUCCGACAAAUUGCGGAAGCCAUGAAAGUGCUGAAUCAGAAGGAAGUUGUGCACAGAGAUCUGAAGCCUCAGAAUAUUCUGUUGUGCCACUCUGGAAAACCUGAUCCACCUCCUUCAGAAAUAACUCUGAAAAUUGCUGAUUUUGGAUUUGCUCGCUUUUUAACAGAUGGUGGCAUGGCAGCAACACUAUGUGGAUCACCCAUGUAUAUGGCUCCAGAGGUCAUAAUGUCCUUGAAGUAUGAUGCAAAAGCUGACCUUUGGAGUAUUGGCACAAUAGUUUUUCAAUGUUUGACAGGGAGAGCACCAUUCACUGCACAUAAUCCACAGAUGUUAAAAAAUUUUUAUGAAAAAAAUGCCAAUUUGACUCCAAAUAUUCCUGAGGAAACUUCCCCUGAAUUAACAGAUUUACUCAUUCGAUUGAUGAAGAGAGAUGCAAAGGAUCGGAUGGAUUUUGAUGAACUUUUCAACCAUCCUUUCUUGAAACCAGUGCCAAGAAGUAGCUCUCCUGUACCUGUACCUUCUAGGCGCUCUAUCUCCCCUAAAGCAUCUCCCAGCAGUCCCAUAUCGCCGUGUGAAUCACCUGGACCAGGCUGGGGUGGUGAGGAAAUGGCUCAGACAUCAUCUUCAAUGUCCCCUCUUAAUAAUUCUACUUUGUGUUCUAAUUUGGAGCAAAGGUAUUCUCCCCCCUCUCCAAUAGAGCAGGAUUUUGUAGUUGUUCCUUCAAACUUAGGAGAAGAAACCAAAUUUUGUGAUUAUGAAGUUAAUAAAAAUAGCCCAAUGAAGCACCAACUAAGUGAUCCUAAUCUGUCCCCAUCCAAAAUCCCUGUCACCAAUAAAGCUUUCAAAAAAUCUACGCAACAUACAAACAUCAACCUCUCAACCAAAGCUGUUCGUUACAAAGCUUCCCAGAUGUCCUCCGAGAACGAGGGUGCCUGUGCCAUGCAGAUAUCGGAGACAGCCCACAUGGUGGAUCCUGUGCCUGUGCCCACACAAAAGGAUGCCUAUGAACAAAUUGAGCACAGCCUCCAAAACACUCCGGCUUCCUCACCACAGGAGGGUUUUGAUAUGGCUAGGAAAAUGGUUUCUCCUGGAACUUCACCCACCUGCAAAGAAAUAGGAGCAGCUUCUGCAGAAAGGACAAGGAGAGAAUCUGGUAAUUCGACAGGAAGUGAUGUUUUUCGUUUUACGGACAUUAAUUCUUUCACCCCACCUACAGUUCAAUUCACAAUUGGAACUCCUCCUGCUGGUGGUCGCCUCAGGAGCUUUAGUGGCAGCACCCCACCUCCAGGUUCUGGACGCCAAACUCCCACUGGAUGGCGUCACCAAGCGACACCUCCACAGAAUUUGUCUGGGUCUCCUCUGAGACGAUCAGGAUCGACACCACCACUAAAUGUGCCCAGCCAUUCUGUUUCUCCCGUUCCUUCCAGAGAGUUAAGGCGCUGUGAACCUUACCUCCGACAAAACUGUACUCAGCGGUGCUUAGAUUUCAGGAACAAUAUGGCUGUCCCCCUCAGAGCCACUUUCGGUGCUGGACGAGCUAUGACACUCCCCGAAUUCAACUCCAGAGAUUUAUGGCCAAGUGGAAUUAUUCCUGAGGUUGAAGGAAUGAACUACAUUCAGCGAUCUGGCAGUUCUGGAAGACUGAGUGAAAAUGGUCUCCUAUUGGGUCACUUUGCUCUUAGUGGAGGAGGAGCAUCUCAAAGUCCUCCUCUUUUAACCUACAAUAUGCAACAGCAGAGGUACCUGUACAACCAACCGUCAUGCCAGCAUCAUUGUUGCUGUGGAGCACAGGGAUCACCAGGAAGGAUUCGUCGUAACUCUUACACUGGAGGAAUGGGUGUGGACUCAUCUCCAACUUGUCAUUUUUACUCACAUGGAAAUUCUCCUUCAAGUCUAGAGGGACUCUUCAUACCAGAAUUGCCAGAGGAAACUCUACUUGAGAAGGAACAUAAUGACACUUUGGCUAAGUUGAACUUUGUUUCGGCUUUAGUAAAGUGUAUAAUGGAGUUAGCCAAGACCAGAAGUUCUCCUUUGUCAUCAGCAUUAUCCAGUUCCAUUUCACCAAAUGAUAGUUCAGAUCAGACAAUGAGUGAAGGCUGUCGUAAGGCUGUGCAGUUACUUCUAUACAUGAAAGCCCUGCAACUGAUCUCAUCAGCAUUUCAAUUAUCUCAACAGCAGGUCAGGAAUGGACAACUUCAGCCUUCUACUUCUGUUAGGAAUGUUCUUCAAACAAUGAAGGAUAAUUAUCACUAUUGUUUGAAUAUGUGUAAAAGUCUAAAUACUCCAGGACUUCUGCAGUCAGUCGGAGUGGACCCGGCUGCAUCUGGCCUCACUGCAGACAAGAUCUUGUACAAAUAUGCCAUUCAGAUGUGUCAAUCUGCUGCAAUGCAAGAACUAUUUGGAGAUGCAAAAGAGAGCUUUCAUCAGUAUCAGACAGCUCAAAUUCUACUUCAUAGUCUUGGACAGCAAGUGAAUGAUCUAGGUGAUAAGGAACUUCUACACAAAUAUCGAGAUGCUGUGCAGAAGAGAUUGGAAAUUCUCACUAACAACUGCUCUGUGUAUGCGUAUCAUACAACUUGAAGAGGAAAGAUAUGAAGUGAAAAACUUUCUUAAAAGUUGUGGGAAACUUCCCUCAGUUAUCUUCUCCAUUUUUUUUUUUUAAUAAUAAACUGUACACAAACACACAAAAUUAAAAAAAAAAAUAGAUUUUAGUGUCAAUACAUAGAGAAAUAUGUACUCCUAUUGCUCUGCAUUAUUUUGAAUCUAUGAACAACAUUUAUAAUCCAUGCUGCUAUUUAAAUCCUGUAAACUUUUAUCUUGUAAUAAUACAGUUUCUUUUACUUUCAAAUUGUGGAGGGGGAAAAUGCUGGUCUAUUUUUCUCAAUUAUAUUGUGCUUAUUAUACUUAGAUAUUCCAUGUAGAAAAUAUAACCAUAUACCAAGAUGUACUGUUUCCCCCUCUCUCUGGGCAAGCUAUAAUUUGCUAAAAAAAGUGUUCCUUACUGAAGAGAGUUGGGGAAGCAACGUGAAAAAGAUGUUGAAGUCUAGUCUUCUGAACAGGUCAUGUGUAACAGUUUUGUGUAUUAAAUAUUGUAUUUUUGUAUGAACCUUAAGUUUAUCGAAUUCAGAAAAUGUAGCAUCAGUUUUAUCUUAAUUCGGUAAACUCUCAGUGUGAGCAACAGAACCUGAAAUGUGUCUCAUUUUUAUUGAAAAUUUUAUUUUCCAUCACAUGUAUCAAUGCCCUGAGCUGCGCUUUAGAAAAGGAUAAUUUUUUAAUCUGUGAAAGGAGUUGGUGAAAUCAAUAUUAAUUGCCAUGAUUUUUAUUAUAUAUAUUCAGAGAUAGCUGUUCGUAUAUUAUUAGUUUUAGGAUUGAUAUAGUUCAGAAAAAAAUCAGGGAAACGUCAAUAAAGAAAAAUGUGCUGUUUUAUGAAAAUGUGAUAUUGUGAAUUUUCGUCAUACUGAGUGAAUGAAACUAUAUUGAACCCUGUGGAGUAUAUAAGUGUUUAUAUUGCACAAUCAUCAUAGCAAUAUCAUUUUUACUUUAACAGGUUUCUUGCAGUUAUUUUUUUCUCCCUAAAACUAAUUGAGAGAUAAUGAGAAAAACAAAUAUCAUGAUUUAUAUUUCUUUUUGACUUAAAUGCAAGCAUAUCAAAACUGAAAAUUUGCAGAAUAUGGAUUUCUAUUGAAAAUAUGUUUAAUAUGAAUUUCUUGUAAUAGUAAGAAAGCCAGCCCUGUUAUGAAAACAAUCAGUUAAUGAAUAUAACUAUAACUGCAAAGAUGUUAUCAUUAAAUAUCUUAUCAGUAUAAUAAGCAAAGGGCAAAAAAAUAAAUAAAAAUAAAUAAAUAAAUAAAUCUAGUUAAAAAAUAAUAAAGUUAUUGUGGAGUGAUGUGCAUGUAUAUUUUUGGCUCUAUUAAAUAAAACUGUAUAACAAAAGAAAUUGAAUUAUGCUCCUUAUAAAUUAGUUUUUCUACUACAUCUCAUUUAUUUUAAUGAGCCAGUAUGAAUUCAAAAGCAUUUCCAUAAUUGUAAUGCAUAAGGAAUUUUUAUGAUUUAUAUAUUAAAAGAAGAGAGGUAGAAUUGUUAAUUAUAAUUUUCACUUGUAAUCGCAUAGCUCAUUUAAUACCAAGUGAUUAUGCAUAAUUGAUACUUUAUUUCUUCAUAUAAAAAGUUUUCAAAGUUAAUUUCAGGUUUUGUUACUCUAUGCACACAAGUAAUGGUAAAUUUAUAGUGAGUGACCAACUAUAAUGUUACCAUUUCUCAAUUUUUUAGCAUAAACAUGGUUUGCCGUUAUUUUUAGUUUCCUUGUAGGGAAUUGUUAUUUUGUCUUCAGUUGCGAACAAAAGAAUUCUUUUUAUAUUCUAGUAAAAUAAUAUUUUACUGAAACUUUAAUUACUUAAAACAAAACCAAAGAAACUCCUUUUUUAAAAAAUUUUGUGUUUUUAUCGCCUGUUAUUUAGCCAUUGCAGAAACAAGUGUACAUAUUCUAACUGCUGGAAGCUUCAUUUGAAAAUCAACUUUAUCUCGUAAUUGACUCUUUCCUUUCCAGGAAAGUGUGUGGACUCUUAAUAACUAUCAUUCCUUACGAUUUGUUGUGUACAUAGUUAUUUAUUUGAAUGACAGUAAGAAAAAAAACUAUUUAUUUUUGGUAUGCUGUGAUGAAUGUUAGUGGUAUGAGCGUCAGUAUGAGAUUCUUAUUAUUCAUUCAUCAUAGGUGAGUACAAAAAUCUAGCUUCAAUCCCUGUUUGGAAGAAACAGAAAGUAUCCUCAUCAUUCAUUUUGUAAGCAUGGUCAAUUUACUUAUUGUAUUCAGCUCGUUUGUAUCCACACACAAAAAAAUAUUAUGUUAUCUGACACACUUAAUGAAUUUCUCAUAUGCAAUGUUGACCUCAUCUAUAUAAUGAUAAUAACUGUUUCUGUACAUUUUUGUGAUUUGCCUGAAAUAGAUGAACCAUGUUUAAUACUAUAUUAUCAUGUUCCAGAUAUUUGAUUCAGCAUGAUAUUUUUGUAUGUAUUAAAAAAAAGUGUAAAAAAAAAAAAGAAAAUACUUUGAAUUUGAAAUGUUUUUAGUGAUGUAACCUGUAUUAUCUUUGAUUGUGUAUUUUCAUUUUGACGAAGCUGCUUUUAAGUCUGAUUCUAUUGUUAAUGGUGUGUAGCUAUGUGAGAAAACCAGAGGAAAGGUGUAUUUCAAUAAAAAUGUUCCAUUCAUUUAAAGCAUGUAUAUAUCCACAACAUUAAAAAUGAACUAGUUUAAACCGUACAUUAAUAGCAAUCAGUUGUUUAUUUUGGUGUUAAUACAAAAACAGUAGACAUAUAGAUGUUGCAACAGUUUGAAAGAAAGUACCUGUUAAACAAUGAGAUGAUGUUCUUGCUUGUUUAAACUGUCUGCUCUUUAUUUUAAGUGGGGCAAUAUGUGGAAUAUUUUCAAAAGAUGACAUUUAUAGUCCACAUUGCUUUCUUCCUUGGAUCUACUACAAAGUUCUAUUCUUUUAAGAUUCCCUUUCCUACAGUGGGAAUAAUUUUUCUACACCAAAAACAACAUAUUCUGCAAGCAGUUUAAAAAGGGUUGCAGUCAAGCCUAAACUUGUAAAUAUUCUAACGCUGAAUUGUACAUACCCUUUCUAUAAGAUAUUAGGAGAUUUGAGAUUGCCACCAUAAAAGGUAGCCUUAAGAAGAUAGUUAAAAAUCAGUAAGUUUUUGUAUGUCAAAAAAAUAUAGUUCUACACGCACUCUAUCAGAGUUAAGAAGGAAUCAGUUAGGAAAGAUACUUUUCUUCUAUAUGUAUGCUGAAAUUUUUUAAUUCUGUAUUGUCAGUUGUUUCUAAAGCUUUGAAUUUGAUUUCUGUUUAUGUAUAAUAAUCAUUUCUGAAAAAGUAUUUGUACCUAAUCAUUUGGAAAGAAAGCAGAUUUAUUUUGUGCUUCCUUGAAGUUUGGAUUUUAAUAUAAUUUUAGGCACAGUUCUUGUGGAGUAUUGCUGCCUCUUUUAGUUUUGCUCUUUCUGAAAAGAUCAGAAAGCAGAUCUCCAAACUAUAAAAAGGCAUUAAUUUUUAAAAUUUUCACAUGCACAAAAAUUGAAAUUAGAUUUUUACCCUGUGUCUCAAAAGUAAGUUACAUUUAUUUAGUGAACCCGACAUUUAAAAGCCUGAAAUUGGUACUUCAAAAUCGAUUUAUUUCGCAAAACAUCAUAAUGUAUUUUUUAAUACUAAUAAUAGAUUUGAAAUCUUUUGGGAUAAAAUAAAGCACAUAUUGAGAUUUUUUUGAUAAAAUUUUUGCAAAAAGAUUUGUAAAUAAUACUUAAUAAUUUUAAAGUGUCCGAUUUUAGAAAAAUCGGUAUUUACUUGUGGAUUAACUUAUAUGUUGUGCAUUAGGGAAUCUGUUUAUUGAUGUAAUUAUAAAAGAUACCUAUUUUAUUUUAUAAGGAUUUUUUUUUUUUUUUUUUCAGUAACUGUCAGUCUUUCUAACGUCUUUUUGAACCAAUCCUUUUGAAGUUGAAUGUUUUGCUAUCAACAAAAUUCUCAACUGAAUAUAUUGAAACAGAAUUUUUUGAUUCUAUUGUUUGUAUUUGUAUCUUUAUAUACACAGUUGUAAAUUCUGAAACAAAGUGACCUUUUUCAGAGUAUGAAAAUAUAGUGUUGUGUUUGCUUAAAUAAUAAAUUGGCAUAUACUAUGAUAGUUUAAAAUUUAUGCUUUUUAAAAUUAAAAAAGAGCCACUAAAAAAUCUACUAUUUUAUUUUUUAGGAAACAAAUAAUUAAUAUUUUAAACUUUCAUUUCAGUGCUGCAGAAUUUUAAUAUCAUUAAAAUUCAGCAGUGUUUGAAAAAAUUCUUUGCUUUAUAGUUCAGCAUUGAAACAAAAAAACUUAUUUUAGUAAGUCCAAUUAUUUAAACACCCAUAAGAAAAAUAAAAAAAGUAGUUAUUAUUAAUAAUUGUGCAGUUUUGAAUUUAAUUAUUUUAAUUUGAAUGUUAUCGUAUUUGCCAAUAUUCGCUUCUAUUUUUCUUUUCUAUUGAUAUUUAUUCUAAUGUGUGUCAAGUGCUGAAACUGUGAAGUCUACUUUGAUUAGUUGGUAUAACAGUGAUCUCUUACCUUUGCUUUCUUUUCAUCAGUUGUAAGCAUUCAAAGUAUUCGAUAUGAGCUCAUUUUUAUUCAGCUCUUCAGCUGCCAAAUUUUUCUUCCUAGGAAGAAAUUCCUUUGAUUUUUGUAAAUUAUGUGUUAAAUGGAAUGCAGGAAUUCAUUAACUGAUAAAAUUAAGAUUUUGUUUUGUAAUCAUUGUUAAUUAAAUUGCAUUUUAUUUUAUUUUUGCGUUAUUGGAAUAACAUUUGCAAUAUUGUUAUUAAUAUUAUCAUUAUAAAUGAGGAAUAUUUUCUUCAAAGGCCUAUCUUGAAAACCAACUUUUAGCAGCAAAAAAGAAAUGUCAGUUCAUGAAUUUCUCUUCUAAUUUGAUACUAUAAUAAAUUCAAGGUUUUUUUUUGUUUAUUAUUUUUUUAAUUUUUUUUCAUCUUUUAUCACACUCCGUUUUCUUAUCCAUUUGCUGUGUUGAUUGAAAGAUUUUUAUCCUUAUCAUGCUAUAUUUGAAAGUAUAUGUAUAAGUUAAGAAGCAGUUUUAACGUAAAACACAUUUUUUGUUCAUGAAUCUAUCCAUUUUAUAUCUAAUAACCUUUCAUUUUGAAGAAAAAGUGAGUCAUAGCUGGAAGUGAAGUUUUAUCGUUGUAUUUGUUCAUUUUUCUCCUUUUGUGUGAUAAGCUGCAUUCGUUUCUUUCUCCCUCUAUCAUCAGCCUGUUUUGUGUUCAUCACGAUUCUAACUUAAAAAGCCCUGCGCAUGCGUGAAGUGUCAUUUUAAUUCUGUAUAAGUGAACUGUAUAUAUUUUUCGUCUAGUGAUAGGUUCAGUGUCUGAUUAGAUAUCCCCAGUGUAGGGUGCACAAUUAUGAGUUGGCUGUUGUAUAUUUUUCCUUUUGUGUGUAUGUGCGAAUGUAUAUGACAUUUUGUAAUAAAAGUAUUCUUAGUGCGUGA